AACGUCUAAAAAUGUGGCAAUGCCUCCAUGUAGAACAGCCUGCCCAACAGUGAGAUGCUAAGUCACAUACCCUGUCCCCACGCCCAAAUCACUGGUUCCGGCUUCAGACUCCAAUUCCCAAAAGUGAGAUGGGUUGUAAUAUGGUUUCAUGCUUCGCGAAUUUGGACCCUGGCCAUGUCUCGACCUCAUUUCAUUUGGCGAAAUUUCGCAUGUUCGAUCGUAUGUGUCAGUAGUAGAGAGGGUUCAUGUGAGAGCACAUGGCGUGCGCCUAUGAGUUAAGUUGUCCAUGUUGCUAUGACUAUGGCGUCUAGGCGUCACGGUGGUGCGAGGGCUUUACACGAGGAAGCCAGAGUUAGAGUUAGAGAAGAGGCCGCUCGGGCACGAGAAUCGCGAUUAGCUGAGCAACGAGAGCAUCGCCGAUGUUUGCAAAUUGCGUAUCGUUCUCGCCUGAGAGCUCAGGAGUCGGCAGAGCAAGCGAGCGAACGGCGACGUGUUGAAGCGGAAAAAAGAGCACGCUUGAGAGCGGGAGAAUCAGAGGAGGAGAGAUUGCAGCGACUUCGUCACCACGCUGCGCAUCAAGCCAAAAAGAGGGCGGAGGAGUCGAUUGAGGAGAGAACAGAGCGGCUCCGCAAACAUGCUGCACAUCAGGCUAAAAAGCGGGCUGAGGAGUCGCUUGAGGAGAGGACGGAGCGGCUCCGCAAACACGCUGCACUUCAGGCUAGAAAGAGGGCUGGGGAAGCUCAGGAUGAGAAAAUGGAACGGCUUCCUGGAGAUCAUGUACAGCACGAUAGCGUUAGGAUGGAGGAAUUUUUUGAGGAGAGAACACAAGAUCAUGGGCCCUUGAAGCAGGAACGCGACAUGAAUUAGGUCUUAUGAACGGGUGUGGUUUUGCGCACUUUUCUUUCUCAGCUAUGCCGCUGCAACCCCAAUGUCAAGUUCGUGCCGUGUGUUGUGUCUGCCCUGUCCUCGGCUCGUCCUCAAUAUUACUGUUCAUGCGGGGUUCGAUUUCGAAAUGGGAGGAUGAGCAAAUUGAAGCAAAUCGACUUUAAUGAGGUUUGCGCAAUUAGUAACUGCGAUGGAAAACUUCGCCAGAGACGAGGGCGUAUUCAAACGGUGCUUGUGAGAUGCGUAGAGCUCAUUGUCUUAGUGCGGUUGCUUUAUGUAACCAAGCAGGAUCUUCUGAAGGAGACAGUGACUACCACUCGUCGGUUCUUUGGCUUGGCCAAUUAUCUCAAGAUAAGAUGGACUACACUACUUCACUGUGUUGCGGCAACAUGAGGACUAAAGUCGAUUGAAGAAUACCACAGGGUUUGUUAAUUAUUGGGAGCAAAAACGAGUUCUGUUGUUAGCGUAUCUGAUUUGGCAAGGCGAUUUACAUCAAGGGCUGAAGAUUUUGGAUUGUUAGUAUAUCCUUAACUCUACAUUUAUUUUGGUGUGUCCUCUUCAAUCGUGCAAAACCUUGACUCGGGCUCUCUCUACAAGUUAAUAAAGAUGUUAUAUACUGAUCUAACAGGUUUAGUCGGAAAUGGUCAUGCUGUACAUGGUGUCUUCCAGCGCCUCCUUAGAUUCAAUCAGCAGCCACCAGCUGCUCAUCCGCAUUUCUCUGCGAUGGAGUGCACGGAGCAGAUGAAUGUAUACCCAUGCAUUUGAUGCGAGGAUUGUCACUGACUUUAUCAUUGGGUUCGGCCCAGAACUUUGAUUCGACUUUGCUUUACUCCCCACAUAACGUGAUGAAAGUAAGGAUUGGGGCCACAUAACUCAUGGCUAUUUUUGAAAGCCAUUAAACAAUAUAUGUCAUGUAAGCAUUUCAUGUGCAGACGGCAAUUUAUUGAAAAGUUUGAACCUAAAGAAUAACGAAGAAUGUAAUUAUGACAGCGUGUAUGGACGUGACGGACAUUCGAGAUACUAGGGUCAGUAGCCAUGAUUCUCAAGUCACUGCCAUCCUAUGUAUUUCUAGUGAUGUUUAUGAACGAGGGUAAUAUGUGAGGGUUCAUUGUUCAGGAACUGUGGGUGGCAUAUUCCUUGGUGUCACCGCCAAUCCAAUGAUCAUCCUGGAAGAACACAUUUUUUAACGCGUGGUUUCUAAUAAACCACUGUUAGUCGUGAACUGUUAUUGUCUGAGCCCAGGUCGUGGUACCGAAUUCCUUCUUCAAAUUCGUGUCUUGGUGGUGUGGCGAAGCUCACGGACAUAUACGUCACAGCAUCGAAGGAGUUGUGCACGCUUCUGGUAGGGUCGGAGAAUUUCUUCUUAAGCGGGGAACUAACUACACCCAAUGUUUGAGGAUCAACUCUUUUGAAAGCAUUCUGUGAAGUCAUUCUCAGGUUGUAUUGAGACUCUUCCUCUGUCCUUACGUAUGUAUAGGAUAAACUUGCCUUGGACAGAAUCAUUGGAUAAUAAAAUCUUUCCAUUACGAGUGCUACCUUUCAUGUA